GGGACCGCGCUGGGGAUCGCGCCGCUGCCGCUCCCGUCGUGCUGCUGCUGGAGCCGCGGGGCCGCCCGGCUGUGCCGGCGCCGGGCGGGAGGAUGCGGCGCUUCGCGCGGGUGGCGCUGCUGUGCCUGGGCUGCGCCGUCUGCUCGCUGCUCUACGGCCUCAGCCAGCUGGCCCUCUCCCUGGAGCAGGAGCCUGGCGGCGGCGGCCGCGAGAGGCAGGCCCGAGACCCCGCCACACCCGGCGCCCGGCAGCAGGCAGGGAGCGCGGGCCGAGGCGAGGCGGGGACCGGCAGGUGUAAGAAUUUGUCUGUAUCUUUCUGGAAUUCCUAUUGGAUGCUGCCCUCUGAUGUUUGUGGAAUGAACUGCUUUUGGGAAGCUGCUUUUAGAUAUGAUUAUAUGAAAACACAUCCUUCUGAGAAAAUGCAUCUAGCAGUGGUGGCCUGUGGUGAAAGACUGGAGGAGACUGUUACUAUGUUGAGAUCAGCCAUUAUUUUCAGCAUCAAACCUCUCCAUUUUCAUAUUUUUGCUGAGGACCAAUUGCAUGAGAGUUUCAAAGACAUACUUGAAGAAUUCCCCUAUGAAGGAAAAGUUAAUUACACAUUAUAUCCAAUAACAUUUCCAUCUGAGAGUGCAGCAGAAUGGAAGAAAUUAUUUAAACCAUGUGCUUCACAAAGACUAUUUUUGCCAUUAAUCCUCAAAAAUGUGGAUUCACUACUGUAUGUUGAUACUGACAUCUUGUUUUUGAGGCCUGUUGAUGAUAUUUGGUCUUUUCUGGGAAAGUUCAACUCCACACAAAUUGCUGCAAUGGCACCAGAACAUGAAGAGCCUCGUAUUGGGUGGUACAAUCGAUUUGCUAGACAUCCCUAUUAUGGAGUAACUGGAAUUAAUUCUGGAGUCAUGCUAAUGAAUAUGACACGUAUCAGAAGAAAAUAUUUCAAGAAUGAUAUGACACCAGUCCGGUUACAAUGGGGAGAAAUUCUGAUGCCACUACUGAAGAAAUACAAGUUGAACAUAACAUGGGGUGAUCAGGAUCUAUUGAACAUUAUGUUUUUUCACAAUCCAGAAAGUCUUUAUGUCUUUCCUUGCCAAUGGAAUUACCGGCCUGACCACUGCAUCUAUGGAAGCAAUUGUAAGGCAGCUGAAGAAGAAGGUAUAUUUAUUCUUCAUGGAAAUAGAGGUGUUUACCAUGAUGAUAAACAACCAACUUUUAGGGCUGUCUAUGAAGCGAUAAAAAAUUAUUCAUUUGGAGAUGACCUGGUUCAUUCACUGUUGCAGCCCCUGGAACGGGAAUUACAGAAAACCACGCAUACAUACUGUGGGAGAGUAUACAAAGUAUUCAUAAAGCAGCUAACAAAAAGCAUAAGAGACUUGUAUGCCAGAAGAUCAAAGGGAAGGUGAUUUUUGAAUCCUAGCUGUUAUAUCAAGAGACUGAAUUAACAUAGCUGGUCAAAAGGUGCAAGAAUACUAUUACAGCUUGAAUGGGCUCUUAAUGUGCCCAGAAAAAAGUUUACUAGCAUACAUAAAAAUGAAGAAAAUAUUCAUGUAAUGAAGAACAAGAACUUUUUUCUGCAAAGGUGACUUUCUGCUUUUUUGAAGUUUAAUUAGUGCUAAUGUUUGCCUCAUACCUGAUGAUUUGGGUGUUACUGGCUUCUAUGGUCAGUAAUUUUAGUCUGCAUAAUUCAGUUAUCUAAUGAUAAAUGAACAGGGAAGAAAUGAAGAUGACUCUGUUUGGGAGUGUACCUCAUAUAUUGUCUAAAAUUCUGUUAAACUGUGAAUGUAGCAAUAACUGAGUCAGCAGCACUAACCUCACUUUAAAGAAGGUGUGAGCCUUUAUGUAAACAAAGUUGUUUACAAGUGCAGAAAAUACUCUCUUGUCAAAGAAAUGUGUUGUAAUCAUUGACAAUCUGUAUGUGCCUUUAUAUGUUCAUCUCUUACAUGUUGAAGUACUGUUUUGACAAUCUUGUUUUGUUUAUCUCAGAUGUAAACUGCACACUAUAAAUAUGAUUUUCUGAGAUUUGAAUGACUAGUAUGUGAUACUAGUUUUCUCUGUUAGUAAAUAGAGAGACUUUAUAUUAAAAAUAAUUUGUUUCAACAUGGUAGAGCAGAACUGAGGGGGUUUUAAAUGAAAAUGCAGUUUGAAGUUGCUUGUCUUACAAUACUUCAAAAAAUUUCAUGGUUUUACAGCUUUAUAGGGCAUUUUGGAAGUAGAAAAAAAAAAGCCCAGUGGUGGAAAGCUGUUGCAGUUGUAUUUCCAUACUAGGAAUUAUUACCUGAUGAUUGUUCUAGAGUAUGUAGUACCUAAAAGUGAAGAGCUGUAGUAAGAGUUCUGAUGCUUCAUCAGACUGUUAAGUAGAUGGGUUUUUUUUUUAGAGAAUAUAUCCUGUUAUAAUAUUUUUUUUAAUAAAUGGCUUUAAAAUAGUUUUGGGGCAGACCUUCAACUACAUGAAUGUGUUACUGUUGAUUGGGUGAUAGUGAUUUGCAACAGGUAAGGAUUAGAUUUCCUCCAAUUAUCUUAGUGAAAAAAAACUUCUGUUUAAGUAAUAAAAACUUUUUCUCCAGAGAAAACCAUGAAGAAAAGGGGUGAAUUCUAGUGUUACAGUAAAAUAUUUAAACUUGCAUGGUAUGAAAUGUAUUUGUAAAGUAUAUAUGAACUUAGAUAACCUGUCUAAGUGAGAUGAAGUCUUCAUAAAGUGAGCUUUUGGAUUCCGGGACAGUUCCUGUGUGUUGAACAUGGAGGAUCCACUCACUGACUUGCACCUUCAUCCCAACCCCAUUUUAGAAGCUUAAUGUUUGUAGCUGUUUCCUUGUCAGACUUCCAAAUCCAUGUGAGCUGGACAAAUGCUUUAGUAGUACAAGAACAUGCUCCACUGUCAGCAGAGUUUGUAUAGUUUGUAUCCUGCUUCUAAUUUCCCUGCGGGCUCAGGGUAUAAAUUUCUGGGAUGGAAUCUAGGAAGCCUGUCAUGUAGGUAUCUUUUCCUUGCUGUGUAACCUUUUGAAGCCUGAAAAUGUAGAAAUCUCUGUGAAGGUGAAUACUGUAACUGACUGAUUUUACAAUAUGCAGUGCAUUAUUUUUUUACAUAAAUACUGGUUUUUGUAUCAA